ACAGCUGAUCAGCAAUAAUUGAUUUUCUCCAAGAUUAUAUAGUGCUUUUAACUUUAAUAAAAUCUUUAAUUUAGAUGUGCGUGCUCGUGGCUAAAUUGAAGCAUGAAUUUACCGCGGAGAAAUGUAAAUAACCUGUUAUUUUUACCGAAAAACCGGGAGUAUGUUGAUGAAAUGUACAGUGCACUGUUGGAUUUCGUUUCGGCAGGUAAAACUGUCGUAGUCCUUACACAUUUUGACUCAUCCCCAAGGCUGCUACCGUUAAUACAAAAAUCAGGAAUAGAAGUGUACAAAAAUAAGCAAGCACUACAGAGGCUGAUUUUUAUAUGUUGUGAAAAUGUGAAUGCGGCAAUAAAAAAAUUGUUUGACUUGCAUGACUGGACGGUGAAACCUAAUAUAAUUAUAAUCGAUCUAUACACAUUUGCUUGCUCGGCAAACGCAGUUACAUGUUUUUCUCAUGACAUGGCAAAAACUUCAACAGCCUCUCCAUUUUUACAGCAAUUGGUACAAUGUAUAGCAGUUUUGUUUAGCAUGAUGAAUUGCUUAAAACUCGAUGACUCGGAACAAAACUCUCCAGCCCAUCUGCAGUCAUUCACAAGUACGCCUUCCAAAGUAUUUAGCAUUCUAGUAUUACAAAAGCACGAUUGUGUUCUUACUUCAUCGCAAGUGGAGCUCGUAACAGAUUUAUAUUAUGGUAAUAAUGCCUUCGACGACUUCAAAAGGAUUGCCAACGUGAUUAAGUUCUGAUAUCAUCUACAAGCAUAAAUACUUAAAAAAGUGUAUAAAGUUCGAGCAGAAAACAUACACACUUUCAUUAAAGCUUUGAGAAUGAAAAACACAGUACCAUAGCGAGUUACUGUAUUUAAGAACCCGUCUCAAAAUGAAUUAAUUGAUUCUUCUAUGGUGAGCUAAACACAAUAAAAACGUAGAGUUCCCUCAACAGCCGAGGCUUUUUUUUAUUUUUGCUGAUGAAAGCAAAUUGAACCUUUUUCGUCCCGAUGGAAAGACAUUUAACUGUAGAACGUGGUAAAAGUCGCGUUGUGGUUUCGGGUUGUAUGUCAUCAGCAGAAGUCAGCAACUUAGCUUUCAUAGAGG